AUGGAGUCCCAGGUGCGCCAAAAUUUCCAUGCUGACUGUGAGGCUGCUGUGAACCACCUGGUGAACCUGGAGCUGUAUGCCAGCUAUGUCUAUCUGUCCAUGUCUUAUUACUUUGACCGUGAUGAUGUGGCCCUGAGGCAUGUGGUCCAGUUCCUGACAGAGCGGUCCCAGGAGGAGAGGGAGCAUGCAGAGAAGUUCCUGAUAUACCAGAACAAGCGAGGGGGGCGCAUUGUCCUGCAGGACAUCAAGAAGCCAGAGCGGGAUGAGUGGGGGAACAGCCUGGAGGCCCUGCAGUGUGCCCUGCAGCUGGAGAAGACUGUGAACCAGGCCCUGCUGGACCUGCACAAGCUGGCUACAGAGCAGAAUGACCCUCAUCUCUGUGACUUCCUGGAGACUGAGUACCUGGAGGAGCAGGUGAAGACCAUCAAGCAGCUGGGAGACCACCUCACCAACCUGAAGCGCCUGGAAGUGCCCCAGAACAGCAUGGGAGAGUACCUGUUCGACAAGCUCACCCUGGGGGAGAGCAGCUGA